CUGAAAAGAGUCGAUGUUUCCCCGCAGCGAUCAAUAAUAAUUUGAUUUCAUGAAGAGUCGAGAUCGGCCAGUCUGACCUAAGCAGCUAACCAGUUAACUACACUGACAAUUGCCAAUGAAUAACAGCAUAUUAGGCACACCUGCGGCUAGAGAAGCGUUGUGACGACUUUAUUUCUUCCCCUGACCUGAUUGUCUUAUUCUAGAUAUUCCUCCUUAGCUUCUUGCGUUCUGCAUCUAUCUACCACUACUCUCAAAUAUUAUCACGAUGAAGGCCUACUGGUACGAUAACAAGCCGGGCGACCAGCGCGAAACCCACGACUCCGGUCGUCCCGUGUCUGAAGACUACCUAGCCUCCAUCGGUGUCCUCUACCGACGAUGCCCCUCCAUCGAGAACGUUAACGAGCUCGCCCGCGAGCGGGGCUACAAGAACCGCGACCAAGUCACCGUCUCCCCCGAGGCGAUGGGCGAGGUGUACGAAGACAAAGUCAAGUCGUUCUUCCACGAGCAUCUGCACGAAGACGAGGAGAUCAGAUACAUUGUCGAUGGAGCGGGAUACUUUGAUGUUCGAGGAAAAGAGGACGAAUGGGUGCGCAUUGCGCUCGAGAAGGAUGAUUUGAUCGUCCUCCCACCUGGUAUCUAUCAUCGGUUUACGACUGAUGAGAAGAAUUAUAUCAAGGCUGUGCGCCUUUUCCAGGAUGAGCCCAAGUGGACGCCGCUGAACCGCGGUCCCGAGCUCGAUGCCAACCCCCACCGCAAGAACUACCUGGGCAACUAUGGCUCCCAGCCUGUUGCGGCUAACUAAAGUGAUGUGAGAUGAGAUGAGAUGCGGAGGAGUGGUGCAAUGCUAGUGGCUGUGUCGUCGAAAGCAUUUCUAGAGUUAGGAGGGCGUGUUUGAUUAUUAAUAUUAGCUUAUACCACAUCUAUUUGAAUUUCAAAAAUGAAUUAUAAUACUAGCAGCG